UCAUACUUUAGAAAGGUCCACAGGAGCUCUGAAGACGAGGACGAGGACGGGAAUCAGAAUGAUUCCGGAGAGGAAGAGGAGAAGCCGAGGAAGAAGAAAAAACACAGCAGGAAGGAUCCGACACUGAUUUCUAUCAGAGAUAUUUUCUCAAAAGUCGAUGCAGCUUCUACAACAGCACCCCUACCCAUACCAAUGCCGCCUGCGCCCAUCUCGUCGGAUGUACCUCAAGGCACCAUCUCCUCUCUACCCGUCGUGGAAAGCGACACUGGCCUAGCUCACUCCAACGUGCGACCACAAUAUGUUUAUCAACCGAUUGUGCAGCCAGAUGGGAAAACGUACUACCAGCAAGUGUUGAUCGUCCCCGGCCAGGUGAUGUCGGGCGGCGCUAUGUCCUCAAUUAAUUCUCCAUCACUGCAAAAAUCCUCGUCAUUUGUCCAGGAACGACUACUUCAGCCUAAGAACAUCGUGCAGGCAGACUACUCCGUUUCCGCUCCGACCUUUCCACCGCCAGUAGAGGUAUUCCAGAAAAACGACGUUGAUAAAGAGCCAGCAUCGAGGUCAUCGAUCUAUCCUUCACGCUUCGUGAGGCCCUCGUCAAGUGUCGAUGUCGGACAGCGUGUCGCUCAACUGCCUCAAAGCGAUCCAGUAGUCAUUCAGUCGUCCAGUGCUUCAACGUUCAAGCUGCAAACGACAACACCAAGGGAGUCGCUUUAUACCACAAAGCUGCCAAGCGAUGAGGAGCAGAGGAGACAAGCGCGUGUAUUCCACGAGGAGGCCGUCGUCCCUCCCAAACAGGUGAUGAAGACUGUGCAGGAGAGUCCACUUCGUAUUCGUACAGUGGACAGUCGCGUGGAGCAGGCCAGCGAUGACGAAACCAAUGCACUCCGGCAUUUGAAGCACGACGAGGAAUUGAAGAAGGCCUUGGAGCGACACAGACUGGAGAUUGACCCAUCGCCGCCGCGAAAGCGAAAGUUGCGGAAGUCGAGGAAGAUAAAGAAAGUCUUGAAGAAGACGAAGUACGUCGACGAAGAAGAGCAAGCGCCAUCAGUCAAGCCCACCAUGGACGAAUUUCGCACAAUGAUCCGCAGAAUGCCGGAAACGCGGUACCUACACCGAGUGCCGAGUAUGUCGCCGGCCGGAAUGAGGCGCGCUCACGCUUCCAAGACAUGGAAAAGGUUUGAACCGGAUGAUGAAGUGGUUUCGAAGGAUCUCGAGAGUCUUGAGGAGAAAAAGGAGGUCGAUGAGGAUUUCACGGAACCGCCAAAAAAGAGGCGAAGGAGCCGAAAGACUGGCAAAACAAGGAUGGACGAUGAACGAAGAGACGUCAGCUACGCAAGGUCAAAGGAGGACUCACGUCAGCAGGAGGAUGAAAUGGAGUCCAGUACUGCUAUGACGUUCAAGCGGAAAAUUCUUCGUUUGAACAAAAUCAAUCGGGAGUUCUACAGAUCGGAGGAUGAGCCAAAUGUCGAACAUGUUGAACAUAAGCCACGAAAGUCAAAAUCUCGUUCGAGGAAAAUCAAGAAGGUGAAACGAGUUCGACGGACCAAGGCCACGAAAAGUCUUACCGCUAACGCAUCUCCGCUUCGACAACACUGCCUGAACAUCCGGACGUUCGCACGACAAUUCGGUACCAUCGACGUCGACGAGUUCGCACAAGGUGACAUUUUUUAUCGUUUU